AUGAUCAGUGCCCUGAUCAUCAGUGCCACCCAUCAGUGUCAACCAAUGCUGCCCAUCAGUGCUCAGCGGUGUCACCCAUCAGUACCCAGCAGUGCCACCCAUCAGUGCCAGCAGUGCUGCCCAGCAGUGCCACCCAAAAUUUGUGCCCAGUGCCCAGCAGUGCUACCCAGCAGUGCUGCCAGACAGUGCCAUCAGUCAGUGCUGCCAGUCAGUGCUUGCCCAUAAGUGCUGCCUAUCAGUGCCCAUCAUUGCUGCAUAUCAGUGCAGCAUCAUCAGUGCCUCCUCAUCAAUGCCCACCAGUGCCGCCUCAUCAGUGUCACCUCAUCAGUGCAGCCUAUCAGUGCCCAUCAGUGCUGCCUAUUCAUGCCACCUCAUCAAUGCCCAUCAGUGCUGCCCAUCGGUG